GGUUAAUGACCCGAAUGACAACGGCAUUAACCCGGAAGUUGUGCUUUGGUAUUUCAAUGUGACUUACCCUAAACUAGCUAGCUGUUGUAAUACUCUAUUAAGUAUGUUCCUCACUGCUGUAAAUCUGGCCAAGGCCAAGUCAAAGACUGUCCUAGUGCAAAUGGUGAGUGCUGCUGGGACAGGUUACUGCUUCAACACCAAGAGGAACCGACUACGCGAUAAACUGGUGCUGCGAAAAAAUGACCCUUUUGUAAACAAACACGUCCUCUUUCACGAAAAGAAGAAGAUCAGGUCGAUUUAACCAUGAACGGCAAAGAACGAGACUUUUGAAUCUCCAACAUCUAAUCAGAUGAUUUCACUGACAUUGUCUAAAAUGUGUCGACCGUCAUUCGCGAGAAGAGCUAAGGAGUUCCUAUUGGACUAUUCAUGGGCCACACCAACUCAUUGUUAACAUUUGGGAUGAACCAAGCGGUAUCAAAACCUCAAGUAGUUCUGUUUCCAUUCACAUCAAUAACCAGGUUUCCAUCCAACAUUUUGUGAGUACAGUACAUGUCGGAUAGAAAUUUCAAGACAGGCCUGAUGGAACCAGCAAAUUUGUCAGUAAACUUUCCAAAGGUCGACGACAGAAUACAUGUCGUAGUGGGCGAACCACACAACAUAUCAUGACUCCCAAGUUUACUUCGAUAUGAUGGUUAUUAUAUCAAUAUUUAAAUUAUGUGAUAAGUGGCAGUGGAAACCCCUUUAUGCGCAAAUAUUGAUAUAAUAACCAUCAUAUCAUAGUAAACUUGGGAGUCAUGAUAUGUUGUGUGGUUCUCCCACUACGACUUGGGAAAGCAUGCAAUUGGCUACAGAUUAAAUAAGUUGUGAACUUCACAGGGUGGAAAAAGUGCACAGUGAUGAGCUUAAUGCUCCUUUCCAAUACAUAUUGAGGGUCUUAUUCUGUUAACAUGAUGAUCGGCUGCCGUUUGACUAAUAAUCUCCAUCUUAUCCAUAACAAUCAAUCGUCAUCAUGCACAGCCUUUUAUCCGCAACAAGUCAAUUUGAUGGAAACAUCUCUGGUGGGAAAAUGUGCAUAUUUUAGAAUAUUUGCAUGAAUAUCUUGCCAAUUAGAUGGAAACCUAGCUAUUGAGACAAUUAUUCCUCAAUAAGUAAGAAGUAGCUUGUUUCAUGUUUUGGUCCACUUGUAUGUUAUUUCUCAAACGUAGGCACAUUGCAUUUAUAAUCUUUGUUCUGCAAGAGUAUCAUAUCUGCCAUUAAGAAAUAAUGGAAACAUGAAAGAAGGACAACUGUUCACUUAUGUUUCACACUGAAUGAUCAUAAGCUUUUACAACAUUAUGGUAAUUCAGUACAGAACUUUUUUUUGUCUAGACAAACUAGUCUGGGUUUGGCGUUAACUUUUUCACUAGUUUUUCUGACAUGUAAAUUAUUUGUAUCAUUGUAGGUCAGAAUAAAAUUUAAAUGAUUCAAGUUGUAUUUUCCCUCUUAAAUGUGUUUGACAUUUGUUGAUUUUGUCAAAGCUUAUGAAAAACAGUGAGUGAAAUUGUUUCAAUGAUGAGUUUGUGGAACACUAGUAUGAAACAAUGUAUUUAAAUCUCAUCAUUGGACACAUUGGAAUAUAAAAAAAAUAAUUUAUGACAAUACUGGUAUGGCAGAUUAAUAAAGUACAAUGGUCAUCAUUCCAUUAAGUUA